AUGCUGUGUACGGAUGAUUUUGUCGGUAUGUCGGACACCCCUGAGGGACUGCAACUGCAAAUUGACGCGGCGAAGAAGUUUACUGAUAAAUGGAGAUUGUGUGUCAACGCCAAGAAGAGUGCCGCCAUGUGGGGGAUCGAGGAGAUUGCAGUUGUGGACCAGUACACAUACCUCGGAUUAGAGAUCGCAANAAAAGUAGGGAACACGGAAACGUCGGUUUCAGGAAUGCUGUGUACGGAUGAUUUUGUCGGUAUGUCGGACACCCCUGAGGGACUGCAACUGCAAAUUGACGCGGCGAAGAAGUUUACUGAUAAAUGGAGAUUGUGUGUCAACGCCAAGAAGAGUGCCGCCAUGUGGGGGAUCGAGGAGAUUGCAGUUGUGGACCAGUACACAUACCUCGGAUUAGAGAUCGCAAAAGACUGCUCGUGGAAUGCACACAUGUCCAAGGUAGCGGAAAAGGGCAAAGCACGAACAGGGAAGCUGUACCCAAUACUCGCAAACCGGCACCUCGAUACACGCAUCAAAUUGACCGUUUUGAAAGGCGUAAUCGUACCGCCGCUAGAGUACGCCGGAGAAGUAUGGGAAGGAAAUAAGAAGGUAGUGAAAGAACUCAAGGCGGCGCAAAUGAAAGCAGCGAAAAUCAUCCUGGGAUGCUGCAAGCGCACAAGUAGUGCAACCUAUCGCAUGUGCGGGAUGGGAGAGGAGAGGUUGCCGAGAAUUGUAUGGGAGGCGAAGUGGGCAAACAAAAAGAGGGAUAGACAACCCACGGAAUGGGUCAAGGUUGUAGAGGACGUAUGGAAGGGGCUCGACGUCGACGGAGAUGAAACGCUGGAAACGGAGGGUCUACAGGGGUUCAAGGAGAAGAUAUCUGUUGCUUGUGCCGAGAGAGAAGAACAGUAUCUAAGAAAAGAAUCCAACGAUAAUAAGGAGGGUCUAGAAGUGUGGUUGUGCGAUCUAGCCUGGCAUAGUGCGGAGAAGUGGAUUGACGUUACCUGGAUGUCCUUCCUGGCCUCGGAGUACGGGGUGAAUAUCAUGGUGUGGGAGCCAAGCGCUAAGCACGGCACAGUCCAGGCUUACUCAGGAAACAACACGGCAGGCAUGUUCUUGUUCGAGAAAGAAGACAAAAUGGACGAGGAAGGAGAUCACUGGGUGCAUCUACUCUAUCGAGAGCACGCGAAUCCAUGGCUAGCGCGUAAUCAAAACCAUAACCUCAACCACUUCGACCGUCUGCAGCUUGGACACGAUGCAGUUGCUUCCUUCGUCGAAGUCGUUGCAUCAGCGAAGCUGCNGGCGCGUAAUCAAUACCAUAACCUCAACCACUUCGACCGUCUGCAGCUUGGACACAAUGCAGUUGCUUCCUUCGUCGAAGUCGUUGCAUCAGCGACGCUGCAACUAGGCACGGUGACGUUGAUGCCGUCAGCGAUUUACACAGCGAGCGGGGAGGCGGUAAGGUCCUCAAUGGUGGGUGGAGAAGAGGAGGACCAUCCGGAGUUCAGCAUGGGACCUCUCCCGCGCGGCAGCAACAGCAGUAGCAGCAGCAGCGGGGAGGAGGGGGGACAGGCUGGAGCGCGAAAGAAAAAGAAGGGCAAGAUCGGGCCGAAGGUCGUGGUGAAGCGACCUACCGCGGGGCAGACAGCGGAGAACAAGAAGCUCAAGGGCAGGGAUGCAUCAGGGAAGCACAAGGCCGGGGUUGCGCCAGGGAAGAAGCGCGAGGCGGUGGAUUCGCCGGGGAAGCGGAAAGCGGGGGUUGCGCCAGGGAAGCGCACGGCGGGGGGUGCGCCAGGGGAUGAGAGAGGUGCAAAAAAAAAAGGCAAGAAGACUACACCGACCGGUGGGAGGAACUCCUCGAAGGCCAACGGCAAAGACGAAAAUGCCAACUAUGAUUCCGACGGCAGCAUCGGGGGGGGGGACGUAGACCACAAGCAAACCCCGGGCGCCUUCGCUACCAUGUCGCAGAACCAGAAAAAGCUGGUCACGGCCAUGAAGAAGAUUCCGGAGCGGGGUUACAAGCGGGCGUUCUGGCUGACCAACAAGAGGAGGGCGCUGGGUAUGAAGCUCAAGAAGAUCGCCGACGAGGAGAAGGCGAGGCUCAAGAAGGCGGAUGAGAGAAAAAAUAUAUAACAGCAUCGACCACGCGAGGAGGUGGAGGGGGAGGAGCGGCGGGAGAGGGAGGAGCUAGAGGAGCAGCAGCAGCAGCAGC